UUGCAGCCUACCCGGACCACCAGCUCCGCAGCCUCCAGUGGGACACCGGGGCCUUCGGGCUCGGCCUCGGCUUCCGGGGGCGAGAUGAGUAGCAGUGAACCCAGCACGCCUGCCCAGACGCCCUUGGUGGCCCCAGUCAUCCCGACGCCUUCCCUGACCUCUCCGGUGGCACCACCCCCAAUCCCAUCCCCGACAAAGGAGGAGGAGAACCUGCGUGGCCAGGUGAGGGACCUGGAGGAGAAGCUUGAGACUCUGAAGAUAAAGCGGAAUGAAGACAAAGCCAAGCUGAAGGAGCUGGAGAAGUACAAGAUCCAGCUGGAGCAGGUGCAGGAAUGGAAGAGCAAGAUGCAGGAGCAGCAGAAUGACCUCCAGAAACGUCUCAAGGAGGCCCGAAAGGAAGCCAAAGAUGCCUUGGAAGCCAAGGAGCGCUACAUGGAGGAGAUGGCUGACACAGCAGAUGCGAUUGAGAUGGCGACUCUGGACAAGGAGAUGGCGGAGGAGCGAGCCGAGUCCCUGCAGCAGGAGGUGGACUCCCUGAAGGAGAAGGUGGAAUAUCUCACCAUGGACCUGGAGAUCCUGAAGCAUGAGAUCGAGGAGAAAGGCUCAGACGGAGCGGCAUCCAGCUACCAGGUCAAACAGCUGGAGGAGCAGAAUGCAAGGCUCAAGGAAGCUCUUGUGAGGAUGCGGGACCUGUCUGCCUCAGAGAAGCAGGAGCAUGUGAAGCUUCAGAAGCAAAUGGAAAAGAAGAACACGGAGCUGGAGGCCUUGCGCCAGCAGAAGGAGAAGCUGCAGGAGGAGGUGAAGCAGGCAGAGAAGACCAUCGAUGAGCUGAAGGAGCAGGUGGAUGCAGCUCUGGGUGCUGAGGAGAUGGUGGAGACUCUGACUGAGAGAAAUCUGGACUUGGAGGAGAAGGUCCGGGAGCUCCGCGAGACUGUGGGGGACCUAGAAGCCAUGAAUGAGAUGAACGAUGAGCUGCAGGAGAAUGCCCGUGAGACAGAGCUGGAGCUGCGGGAGCAGCUGGACAUGGCCACGGCGCGGGUCCGCGAGGCCGAAAAGCGCGUGGAGGCUGCACAGGAGACGGUAGCUGACUACCAGCAGACCAUCAAGAAGUACCGUGAGCUGACUGCCCACCUGCAGGAUGUGAACCGAGAGCUCAUGAGCCAGCAGGAAGCAUCUGCUGAGAAGCAGCAACAGCCUCCCCCAGAGAUGUUCGACUUCAAGAUCAAAUUUGCAGAGACGAAAGCUCAUGCCAAGGCCAUUGAGAUGGAGCUGCGCCAGAUGGAGGUGCAGCAGGCCAAUCGGCACGUAUCCCUCCUCACUGCCUUCAUGCCAGACAGCUUCCUACGGCAUGGGGGUGACCACGACUGCAUCCUUGUGCUGCUGCUCAUCCCGCGCCUGAUCUGCAAGGCUGAGCUGAUCAGCAAGCAGGCGCAGGAAAAGUUCGACCUGAAUGAGCACUGUGCGGAGCGCACAGGCCUGCGGGGUGCACCGGGUGAACAGCUGAGCUUUGCUGCUGGCCUGAUCUACUCCCUCAGCCUCCUGCAGGCCACGCUGCACAAGUAUGAGCAGGCCCUGACCAAGUGCAGCGUGGAGGUGUACAAGAAGGUGGGGAUGCUCUACCCGGAGAUGAGCGUGCACGAGCGCUCCCUGGACUUCCUGAUUGAGCUGUUGCACAAGGACCAGCUGGAUGAGACCGUCAACGUGGAGCCCCUCACCAAAGCGAUCAAGUACUACCAGCACUUGUACAGCAUCCACCUGGCUGACCAGGCAGAGGACUGCACAAUGCAGCUGGCAGAUCACAUUAAGUUCACCCAGAGUGCCUUGGACUGUAUGAGUGUGGAGGUGGGCCGGCUGCGCUCCUUCCUGCAGGCAGGUCAGGAGGCCUCCGACCUUGCCAUCCUCCUCAAGGACCUGGAGACCUCAUGUAGCGACAUCCGCCAGUUCUGCAAGAAGAUCCGUCGCCGCAUGCCUGGGACGGACGCCCCUGGCAUCCCUGCCGCGCUCGGCUUUGGACAGCAGGUGUCGGACACGCUCCUGGACUGCCGCAAGCACCUGACCUGGGUGGUCGCCGUGCUGCAGGAAGUGGCAGCUGCAGGGGCCCAGAUGAUCGCCCCCCUGACGGAGAACGAAGGGCUGCUGGCUGUGAAGCUGGAAGACCUGGCCUUCAAAGCCAGCGAGCAGAUCUACGGUGCCCAGGGCAUCAACCCGUAUGAGUGCCUGCGGCAGUCCUGCAGCAUCCUCAUCGCCACCAUGAACAAGAUGGCCACUGCCAUGCAGGAGGGGGAGUACGACGCUGACCGGCCGCAGAUCAAGCCUGCUCCCCCCGUUGACCUGCGGGCAGCCGCACUGCGGGCAGAGAUCACGGAUGCCGAGGGGCUAGGGCUGAAGCUGGAGGACAGGGAGACAGUCAUCAAGGAGCUGAAGAAAUCACUCAAGAUCAAGGGCGAGGAGCUGAGCGAGGCAAACGUGCGUCUCAGUCUCCUAGAGAAGAAGCUGGACAGCGCAUCCAAGGAUGCGGACGACCGGGUGGAGAAGAUCCAGACCAAGCUGGAUGAGACCCAGACACUGUUGAAGAAGAAGGAAAAGGAGUUUGAGGAGACCAUGGACGCCCUUCAAGCGGACAUCGACCAGCUGGAGGCAGAGAAGCUGGAGCUCAAGCAGCGCUUGAACAACCAGUCCAAGCGCACCAUCGAGGGGCUGCGCGGCGCUCCUGCCUCUGGCAUUGCCUCCAUCGUCUCCGGCAUCACGGGAGCAGAGGAACAGCAGAGAGGUGUCAGCGCCGGCCAAGCCAUGGUGGGGGGCUCAGGGCCCAUCCAGGUGAAGGACUCGCCCCUCCUGCUGCAGCAGAUUGAUGCCAUGCGCCUCUCCAUCAAGUACCUCAAGAACGAGAACAACCUGAUCAAGGGCACGCAGAUGAAGACAGACCUGGCGGGGCUACCGCCUCUGCACGUGCCCAAGCUCUCUCUGCCCAAAGACCGGCAGGGAGAUGAGAUGGCCUCUGGCUCCCUGUACCGGAAGACAAACCAGCUGCUGGAGACCCUCUAUCAGAUGAGUGCCAAUGCCAGGGUGGUGGACAUCACGCGCAAGAAGUCAGCAGGGAACCCAGCAGCACAGCUCCUGGAGCAGACAGCCCGUCUGAAAUCCCUGAGCGACACCAUCGACAAGCUGAAGGACGAAGUGAUGAAGGAGACAGUCCUGCAGCACCCUGGGGCCAGUGUCCCAACCGACUUCGCCACCUUCCCCUCUUCUUCCUUCCUGAAGGCCAAGGAGGAGGCAGCCGCCGACACGGUUUACAUCGGCAAAGUGUCCUUCCCGUGUGCACCUGGCCAUGGCCAGGUGCACCGGCUGGUGCUGACGCCAGAGCAGCUGCAUGCGCUGCACAGCCGCCUCAUCUCCUAGGGACCCAGCUGGGCCAGGACAGACCAAGGCCCAUUGCACGUCCCCCGUCCGAGCGGGACAGCCUCCUUCUGGCGCCACUAGCCUGUGUGCCCCAGCUCUGGCCAAGCACUGGCCUCCCUGCGCCGGGGCUGGCUUCGACUUACCGUGACCACUGCGGCUCCCACGUCCCCCCCCAGGCAAACGCUGCGGCUGCCUCUUCUGUAUGGAAGUGGCCAGAGCCGCAGCUUCCCCGUGCACAGCCCUCUCGCACCUCCUCCAGCAGCUCCUCCCUGCAUGCACAGGUGUCCAGGGAUCACACCCAGCUCCCAGACCCGUGCACGGGGGAUGUGGGGCUGGGCCAGGAGGCUCUGCGCACUCGGGUCAGGCUUUGGUGGCAUGGAGGGGCUGGGCUGCAGCUUCCUCCCACCUGUUGCAUUGGUGGAUGGGGUGUGCACAGCCGGCGGGAGGGGUGGGGAGGUGCUUCGGCUCCAAACACUACACUGCCUGUGGGGGAGCUCCCAUCCAGACCCUGCCCAGCUGGAUGCUGCCUCCACCCGCCCAGGGGUGGCGGAGCACAGGCCCCUGGGCCUGCAGGCCUGGGGCUGCAGCACUCCUCUCCUGUAACGGCCCCUUAGCACUAGAGCUCUCAAACCAAUAAAGCUUCACCUGUUC